CAAACCUUACGUAUUGAAAUUUAGGGAGUUAGCAGUCUAGUGUAAUAUUUAGAUAGUAGCGUGUGGUAUUUAUAUAGAUGUUUGUAGACUGUGGUUUCGACAGUAGUUAGUAUUAGUAUCGAAAUAGUAGCCGAUUUGAGAAAAGACAAUUUAUAUAAUAAUUUGUUGCAAUUAUUGAAAAAACACGAGAACACGACGCAGAAAGAUGGCGGAACAGAGUGAUAGGAGUCAAUUACCUCCUGGCUGGGAAUGUAGAUAUGAUAUUCGCAGCGGUCGCCCAUAUUUCAUAAAUCAUUUCAAUCGAACUACAACAUGGGAAGAUCCAAGAGUGAGAUAUUGGCAGUAUUCUCAGUAUAUACAGUCUCAGAAUUCAAUGGCACUGAGUUCGGCUACUACUACCACUUCUCAAGAUAUUCCUAUGCAGACUGGAGGAAGCGGAAGUGGUGGGCAUUUAAAUUAUACAGGUGCUCACAGAGUUCCACAAAUUUAUCCAACACCGUCCCCUUAUCAUAAUCCACAACUAGCAUUCUUACCUCCCAGUGCACAGGAGCUGAAAACGCCAAUGUCGUUGAAAUCCACCAGUGUGAUGACAACUCGAUUAGGUGACUUGACUUUAGGAUCUCCGACUCCAGUGAGAAAUACAGAGACAAGUUUUACUCAAAAUUCCGACUCUGAGUCACAAGUGGCGAAGAUCAACGCUGUAUUUCCGACAGUUUCGGAUACACAUAUUCGUCUUUUAUUAAAGAAAUACCAUAACAGGGCAGCUUUGGUCAUGAGUGCUCUCCAAGUGGAAAAGAAUCCUCUUUGUGCCCCAGGACCCUGUACACCUGUGGGAGUACAUUCAAAUUAUGCAAUUCCAAGAUGGCGUCUACCGGCUCAUUCUAUACACGCAGCAUUAACAUUGAGUCCGCCUCGCGGAGUUCGACCAGCCCCUAACUCCCCAAAAAUGAAACUUAGGUACCUGAAAAAUGUAUUUCCAAAAGUGGACGAAACAAUAUUAUUGGAUGUGCUGGAACAGAGUGAUAAUAAUGUACAGAAGGCAUCUGAAAAAUUAAUUGAAUUAGGAUAUGAAAAACGAAAUCCUACCCUUCCUGCCAGAGCUUUAAUAAAAAAGAAAGAAGAGGAAGAGGUACACGACGAGCAAACUGCACCUACUCCUCCUCCACGCAUAAAAAGUUUGGAAGAAAAGAAUAAGUUGAAAACACGUUUAAUGCAAAAAUAUAAGAAUUUACCAGAUCGAAUUGUGAUGCUUGCUAUGGAUAGUGUAGAUUAUGACGAAGAAAGAGCAAUACAUAUAUUAGAUAUAGUAAUGGCAGAAGAAGCUACUCGACCAUUAUGCACUUCCAGCAGCCAAAGUAGUAGAAGCGACGAACGGAAAGAUAGUCCACCAGUGACAGAAGCUAUAAAAUUAACUGCUUCUCCGAUUAAAAAGAUGAGUACAGAUGUAGAGACUGAAAAGUUAAAACGAUCCAAAAAUAAGACUGAGAUACCGAAAGUUUCACGUGGAACCAGUACUACAGAAGAUAAAGAAUAUAAAUCUCCAUAUUUAACAAAACCAAUAGGAUCAAACUCGGAUUUAGCAAAAGGAGCGAAUAAUGAUCUGCUGUUGCCGGAUUAUGCGCCAUGGUCAGGGCCGGAUCCAAAUUUGCUGACUAAGCAACCAUUUUCAAGAUCACUCGCAAUGGGACAUGAUGCAAAUUUAGUCUCUAUUAAUAAUUGUCUUGCUAAAGGUUCCCAAUCCGAAUUACGAAAAGGACCGUUAAGAGGAUUGGCCCAAGGCUCCAUUUAUUCGCAGAGAAAUGUAGCCAAUACAGAGAGUCGUGAUUAUGUUAUUUAUUGUUAAGCUGUAAUAAAUCAGUUUACUUCUCUGGGAAGCUUAAUUUAUGUUUAUCGUAUGCCGUUCGUAUAUAGAAAGUGAUGUAGGCAAAAAGCUUUAUCAAUCAUAAUCUAUUUUGAUAAAAUGUAAACACGUAAAGUGCAAUGCAUUUUAAUUUUGCUAAAAAUUUUGAAACUUAGCUUGUCUCAUCAUUAAAGUACACAAUUUAUAUAUAAAUACAAUCGGUCCGUGCAGUAGAUUUAUGUCAGAUGAAAGUAAAUAAGACUCAUGAAUUUAAAAAAAAUGGGACAGUUUAUACAAAUAAAUACAAAUAUACGGUAAAUAUAUAAGUAAAAGUGGACAUAUUUUAAUCAUAGCUCAUAAUAUGGUGAUGACAAUGAAUUAGCGAAAAGGCGCGUCGAGUCAUUUUCGCCAUUUUGUUUGUUCACUAUACUAAGAUAUGGAAUUGUUUGAUGUUUUUCGCAUUUUAAAUACAAUAAUUAAUUACAUAUUUACACUAGUUUUUUAAUUAUAUUGUCGAAAUUCUUUAACACACAGAAUACAUUUCUACAUUCAAAAAAUCAUGUACAAUAUUACACGAAAUAAGUGGUAUACAUUUAUUAUAAUAACUAAUUUGUGACGUUACGCGAA